UUCUCCAACUUCGUUGUUUUUCUUCCUCCACGUGGAUUGUCAUUACGAAAACGAACGGUUUUCUAAAUUUUGGUACUAAAAGAACAUACUACGAAAGAGGUACCACUAAUCGUGGCGUCCAUUCGUUUGCAUACCUUCGAGUGCGUGACUGCGUUUACCACUGUCCAACAUGGCCGACCCAGCGAACGGAUUGCAAUGGAUGAACCUGUCAUAUGCAGCUGUCAAACACAAACUGACAAUCAGCAACAAACAUAAAGAACAAGAAGCAACAAAGCAUACGAAACGUUCUGGUUUUGCGGAUGUUGAAAGUGAUAAAUAAAACGCCUAAAAUCGUGCUUACACGGCUCAAAAUUGAUCCAUAAUGGCCUGUAAACAUUGCUUAACGUAGUGGCACAAUAGAUAGGACAACUCGUUACUUGAGAAGUGGCUCGCUGGCACCGCGUAUCAAUAGCACGGUGCUCCGUAUAAUUCCUGUUUGGACCUGUUGUAUCUUGUUGUUGCUGAAGUGGACCGUUCUGGUGCUGCAAGGGCAAACCCAUUUCUGCUCUGCCGUGGACGGUUAAUUGCAGCAGGAAGAUCCACCGAUAGUGCCAAAUUAAACCGCAGCAAAGUUGUGCCAAACCGAACGCGGACCUAACUUUUGAAAUCAACUGCAGUUGUUUACCUUCAGCCGGUGGUCCGAGCUAGCGCAAGGUGCCAGAAGUUGCAUUGUGGCACAACCGAUUAUGUGGUAGAAGAUGUAUCCUUAUACAUAGCAGCAACCGUUUUCAGCAUGAUUGAAGUGUUUACCACGCGAAUUGGCAGAUCCUGUGUUACCAAACGAUAGAAACGGAUCGAUAGCAUUGCGUGUAGUUAUUGUUAUUGAAAUUCACACCAUCGGCACCACGUUGAUCGGAUCCCAUCGAGAGCAAUAGUUCGGGGAUCGCGUAUGCACACUAACUCCAAUAAACUAUCACCAUGGGCAGCUGCUUGACAUGCUUUCGUACACCGCCAAAUGUCAAUGUUUCCACCGCAGCUGGUAUUCCGCCAAAUGUUGGGGGAACGACCCACGAUCCUACCCUGACGUACACCGAGACGGACGUAAUUGGUCAUGAAACAGACGAUCUCCUGCCCGUUAGUGUAACCGGACAUCGUAUGGGCCAUGGAGAGAAACGUACCGGAGGAAGCUUUAAAAAAUCGACUGUCGGUGGAAUGCUGAACGGAAAUAUUUCGUCCGCACUGACAGGCAGCGGGCCGAUCGGUGGUGUUGGCGGAAUGAUCAGUUCGACCGGUGGUUUACUGUCGGAAAACAUGAACAACAAUGGAACGGGCAGCAAGGAACUGUGCGGCAGUAUGGGCGGUCCACAAAUAUUGCUGUCGGAUAAUGAUUUGAACAAAUUGUUCGAAAGCUAUAAGGACGCACAGGAAGACGCAAUACUGUCGGAAGGUAUCGAGCGACUGUGCGGUGACCUCGGUUACAAGCCGGACGAUUUUGCGAUCCUUGUGCUCGCGUGGCGCCUAGACGCGAGCCAGAUGUGUCAGUUUACGAAAGCCGAAUUCAUCCAGGGCCUACAGCGAAUGAAUGCGGCCAGCAUCGAAGACAUUCGGGCCCGGCUGCAGCAGAUCGUGGAACGGCUGCGGACGGACAGUACGGAGGACUUCAAAUCACUGUACCGGUUUACCUUCCGCUUCGGUCUAGAGCCGGGCCAUCGGAUACUUUCCCUGGACAUGGCUAUCAGCUUGUGGCGGCUCGUGUUCACCGUCCACACGCCGGACAUUCUGCAGCGCUGGUUAGAUUUUCUAGAGCAGCACCAACACAUCAGGGGCGUCCCGAAGGAUACCUGGAACAUGUUUUUGAACUUUGUGGAAACCUGUGAUAUCGAAAAUUACGAUGACACCGAGGCGUGGCCAAGUCUCUUUGACGAUUUCGUGGAUUAUGAACGGGAACGGACGGGGCGGAUUGCAAAGGUCAAGGACGACAGUGGCGGAGAACCGCCACCGGAUCAUUCCGACUACCACGGCUCAUAGUAUUUUGCUAGCAUUUUUAUUAUUUAUUGAAUUCAUCGUAUCAUGCGAAAACAUCCGCCGCAUUACCGGACUAGCGGAGAAAGAAGCCGAAUUUUACAACCACGGAUUACGUGGAAAUAGUGCUUUACACAAGUAGCUGCAAACUUGACGUUAUGUUAUGGUUUCACUUUUUAUGCGUUCAAUACAUACGACUCUUCCAGGCGAUUUUUACAUCAGUAAUACGUUUUACCGAUCCUCAAGCGUAUAGUAUUGAUUGGUGUAAAGAAUUAAGGUACACAUUAAUGCAGGAGGCGGAAGUUAGCAUAAAGAGAAGUCGACGAAAAUUUAAAACAAAACCCCCCUAGAAGACAAAUUCGAUCGUUUGUUGUUGAAAUUUAUCUCGUUGUACAAGUUUUAGGGUAAAAGCGAUGCGAAAUUCGCUUUCGGUGCAACCACGGUGUGUGGAAUGUUUGCGUGUUUUUGUGAUUGCAACCAAAUUAGUAGCAAAACGCGAUGUAACAGAACUUUCCGAAGAAGUUUGUAAAACAAAAAUCACACACGUAGCGAAAACGACGAAUCACGAAAAAUUCUAGAGACAAAUAUUUAUGUAGAAAGCUAAAUGGCUGUAGCGCAUAAGCCGCAAAAGAUCGCUGUGAGGCGAGUGUACUGAGUAUAUAGAUAAAAGAAUAGGAAAGAAAUCCAAACCCCAUUAAGCUGCUGGCGCGAUUGGUUCGCGUGAGAAAUUAAACGCAGCAAACGAAAAGCCGAGAAGCCGAGGAUCAAUGUGAUUAAUUCAUACUAUUAGUGCACGGUUUUAUUUUUCGGUUUUCCAAGCGUGCUAUCUAAUAAGCAUUAGUAUAAAAUGCAGCUACGUUCGAUUGCAAUAUGGUACUGGAGGAUGGAGCAUUUCCUUGGCGGCUGCGUGUGAGUAACUGAUGACUAACUAAAUCGCAACGGCGGAUUGGCGGAUAUCAAAACUAAGUGUAAUUAUCGCAUUAACUCUAAACGGUUUUGAAAUAAAGGAAGCAAGCCUAUCACUAUCUUA